AUGACAAUGUUCUUUUUCAAAUAUUUAUUAUUCGUAUCAAUAUUAUUCCAUCAAAAUGUCUAUAGUAAAACGAUUUUAUCUGCUGACAAUGAUAAUUGCACUGCAGAAUAUGAUGGAUAUUUAUUAGAAGAAGGUCAAACUAUCGAAAUAAGAGGAAAAUUUUAUAAAGUAGAAGAUUGUGCACUUCAUCGGGCUUAUCAUGCAUGUGGAACUUCUUUGUUACAAAUGGUUAGUAUUGCUUGUGAUGCUGUUCAAAAUCAAAAAUAUAAAAUUACAAGUAAACGUGUUCGUAAACAUUUACGACAAACACUGCUUACUGAAGCUUGUUGUGAAACUAUAUGUACUGUUGCUGAAAUGGUACGUUAUUGUCCUUCAUACUAA